AUGGAACCAGCUGAGAAAUACGUUUUCAAACACAAAGAAUACUAUUUCCCUGCAGAUGUUACUUCACCAGAGUACAUAGAUUCCCUGGAAGAUUUUGAAAUCAGAGACAGUGACGUAUUUGUAGUCACUUAUCCAAAGUCAGGAACAAUAUGGACUCAAAAUAUUUUGAGCUUGAUUUAUCAUGAAGGUCAUCGAGAUGGAACAGAAAAAGUCAACUUACUAGACAGGGUUCCAUGGCUGGAGUACAAGGACCCCAAUGCAGAUUACGUCAAUCGACCAUCACCUCGUCUCUUUGUUUCCCAUCUACCAUAUUACUUAGUACCAAAGGGAUUAAGGAAUGGAAGAGCAAAAGUUGUUUAUGUGGCCAGAAACCCAAAGGAUGUUUUGGUUUCUUAUUAUCAUUUUGCCAAAGCUGCAUGCUCACUAGAAAAAGUAGAAGACUUUGGGAUUUUCAUGGAGAGGUUUUUGGCUGGAAAGGUAUUUGCAAGUUCAUGGCUGGACCACCUGGAAGGCUGGUAUGCUCACAGAGAUGAUUUCAAUAUUCUAUUUCUUACCUAUGAGGAAAUGAAGAAGGAUCUGAGAAGCUGUGUAUUGAAAAUAUGCAACUUCCUGGGAAAGAGAUUGACUGAAAAGGAGGUGGAUGCUGUUGUGGAUCAGUCUACAUUUAAUAAAAUGAAAGCAGAUCCCAGGGCAAACUAUGGCUCCUUGCCACCAGAGUUAAUGGACUACAGCAAAGGACAUUUUCUUCGCAAAGGCACUGUUGGAGACUGGAAGAACAUGAUGACAGUCGCACAAAGUGAAAGGUUUGACAGCGUUUUUAAGGAGCGAAUGGAAAAGCUGCCCAUCAAGUUCUGCUGGGAGAUCAAUGAUGAAUUAUGAGUCUCCUUCCAGCUUGAGAGAAGAAAAUUGUAUACAGCGUUGUACACAUCUAAGCCAUACCUUCUGUCAAUGGAGAGGAUAAAAAACCUACUUAAAGCAUUCUUUGUGCAUCACAAUAUGCUCUUAAUUCUAAAAUAUGCUGUA